AGUGCAACUGGAGGUGCAGAUCUUACCAAAGAGGUGUCCCUCCUUUGGGAGGAGAGAGAAGCCAGGCUGUCUCUGGUCUGUAAAUGUGUUCAUAUUUUCAAUCACUGGUGGAUUCUUCACUGAAGGAUACAGAACUCAGAUAUGCUGUGCAUGUGAUAAAGAAAAUAUAGUCCAAAAUUUCAUCCUGAUGUAGAGGUUAGAAAAGCUAUUCUAAUACUUGUCUUUGUUUCCCACUGUCCAAACAAGAAAAAAAUUAAAUUGAUUUUCCUCAUGCUGGGACAGUUUUGGAAGAAAAUAUAAUUCCAGCAGAACUACACUAAAAUACAUGACUGAUAAUCUUAUCUAUGUGUGGCAAACAUCUACAAAACAUAACAUUUUAUUUAUGUUAAGGCAAUGAAUUCUGCUGCUUAAUUAAUUCAGUAAAUAUGUGCUGGAAAAUUACAUGGGUCUUAUGGCUGGAAGGAUGCUGUUAUUUAGAACAUGGUUAUCAGGACUGAGCCAUCCCUUACCCAAGGCUACAGCAGAGCACUUUCUGGUUUCCAAGAAGACACAGCAACCACAUCUGCCACUCCAAUUUGGACUGCUACCAGCACGCUGGCCAAAGAGGUGUCAGGACAUAUUUUUGGCGCCCAACGUGGGGCAAGAAGCUCUCUAUAUUUUCCCGAACGUGGGGAAUUAUCUGGCAGUUGUAAUGCUCAUGUGUAAACCAGGGUAUGGUAUGAGAAUUGCUUUAUUGAUCUAUUAUGUCUAUUGCAUUAUAACCUCUGAGGCAAUGAACAUGAUUUGGAAUAUGUACUCAAUUCUGUUUGCUUGUCCUAAUCUAGGCUGCUACGUCUGGGGCCUCAGCAACCACACCCAGCCCCUGGGGGGAGGGGUAAAGAUUGAUUUUUUCCACCCUUUCAGGCUUGACACAGCAGUUUUUGAAAAUGUUAAGUUCCCUCUGGAUGCCAAGGACAGCAUAAUGUUGUUGUUAGUUCUGCUUUCUCUUCUCUGCACAGUCUGCAACAUGCUUAGAAACAAAACACUACAUAGUGUGAUGCAGCAAAACAUACAUAGUGUGAUGCAGUGUCUUCUUGAGGAAGAAGAAACAAGGAGCAAAGCAGCAGUGUCCGUAUCCAUACAAAAUGCCACAACAGCAUCCAUGUUGACGCAGACUGUCACAGAGGAGGAAGGAAGCAAAAGCAAAACAACAGUGUCCGUGUCUAUGCAGACUGCCAUGGAGGAGGAAACCAAAAGCGAAGCAAGGGUGUCUAUGUCUACACAGACCGACACAGAGGAGGAAGGAACUGAAAGCGCCAUCAGCAUCUCCACACAAACCAUCACCAAACCAGAGCAGCCUGAACCAAUAGUAGUUGCCCCCGUUCAGAAGAAGAAAUCAAGGAGCAAAUCAGUCCGCAUAGUGACUGAUGAGGAUGCUGCAGGACCUUCGCACCCAGCAGAAGAAACAGAACCAGAGAUCAUCACUCGCUCUAUCCCUGGGUUGGCUGAGCAAGUCCGGGACUUGAUUGAAGAAAGUCAUCAGAAACUAAAAAAGGAACUUAAGGAAGAAGUCUACCAUAUUUCACCAGAACCAACAAGAGUCUCUGCCAUUAGGAGCCGGCGUUCCCAAGCCAAGGAGAAAGGAUACACUCCACGAGGAAACCUCUGUUUUUUUCUUCAGGAGCAUGGAGAAGACAUGAAGAAGUGGGAUGGAAAACCCACCUCUUCUUUAGCAGCCCGAGUACGUGAACUAAAAAGAACACCUAACACAAAAAGCUCAUCUAGCGUCAAUGCUGCUCCAGUCUCUCACACACAGAAUUCCAGACAAUAUAGGAAUGAUGAUAUAACUGACCCUCUUGAAGGAACCUCAAGAACCUAUUUACAGGAAGAGAGCAACGUGUACCAUGACCAGGAAUAG